AUGCACUUGAAGGCCGUUUUGUAUGCAUUUAUGGUGCUAGGAGCAGUGGCUCACGGCUCAAAUGAUGACGUUCAGAUAAGACCAAAGGAUUUAAGUUGGACAAACUGGCAUAUGCUUGAAGAACACAAACUUGAUUCGUAUGAUGCAGAUUCUUUCUUUAAGAUUCAUGAUUUGCAUAAUACUGGAAUAUGGACCAGAAAAGAUAUCCUCAACAUGUAUGGGAUACUCAGUGAUUCAGUGGUUGGCGACGGAUCUGGAGGUGGAGAGCACUCUCACAACAAAGAAGAUCUCAGCAACGAAGCUAAGGAUCACGUAGUCAAAACGGUUUUGGGGCUAAUGGACACAAAUGGCGAUGGUCAAGUUUCCUUGGACGAGUGGAAAGCAUUUGUGGCCAGCGGAGGAGAACUUCCCGAUUUUGGAUAUGGUCCUGGGCAUCAUUUGGACUUCGAAGCAGAGUAUGAGGAACACCAUUGGAACGAAUACCACAGAGACAACGACCCAGACGUUCUUGUAAAGCACGAAGAGGAUAUUGAACACGAGCUAUUACAUCACGACCAUGAAGUUGAGCAGAGCCAUGGACAUUCUCCCGAAAUUAGAAAACUAACCAGGUCUUACUUAACAAAAGUCAGGCUACAGAAUAUCCCAUCCAAAUUCUUGAAUAACUAG